AUGUCCAUCAAAGACAUAGACACGGUGACACACGUCCAGUAUUUGUUGUAUGAGACACAAAAAAAUGAGAGACACGGUUACACACAAGAGUACAUGGAAUACGUGUAUUUUGUGUCUCUUCUAAAUGAUAACAUCAUUGGGGCAGACGGAGAUAGAAAUUGCAUAUGGGAGUUAAGAAUGAGUUUGAAUACAUUUGCAAAUUUGUGUGAAUUGCUACAAGUUCAAGGUGGGUUAGAUGAAGAUGGUCAUGUUGGCAUAGGCGAGCAAGUAGCAACUUUCUUGAUCAUAUUAGCUCAUCAUACCAAAAAUCGCAGCGUACAAGUUAGGUUUUAUAGGUCUGGUGAAACUAUUAGUAGGUAUUUUCAUAAGGUAUUAGGUUCGGUUUUGCGUGUCCAAAGUGUGUUAUUUACAAAGGCAGACCCUGUACCAGAGGAUUGUAUAGAUCCCAGAUGGAAAUGGUUUAAGGGUUGUCUAGGAGUAUUAGAUGGCACUUACAUAGAUGUCACAGUCCCCACGAGUGAUAAAUCUAGGUAUUGGACAAGGAAAUCUAGAAUAUCCACCAAUCGGUGCUUUGGGUUGCUUAAGAAGAGAUGGGCAAUUCUACGAAGCCCCUCAUUCUAUCCAAUUAGAAUUCAAAACCACAUUAUUAUUGCGUGUUGUUUGUUACAAAAUUUUAUUUGGAUGAACAUGGAUGUUGAUCCCGAGGAAGAUGCAACUCUUUUACCAGAGCAUAUACCCGUAGGAGAUGACACAAUUGUUGAUGAAGCCGACAUAAUUGAUGUUGUGGAAAGUAGCUAUGAGUGGACACAAUGGCGUGAGGACUUAGCAACUGAAAUGUGGGAAAUAUGGAGAGCAGAACAUGACACGUAA